CCGAGGGCCUCCUGGGGUGGUCUAUGUGUGUGGCUAGCCAUUUAUCUCUGCUCAGCCUCUGGCAGAAGGUUGUCAUCCCUCAGCUCUCGGGAAGCAGGCACACACAGCUUACUCUUAUUGAACUAUCUAGGGCAGUCGUAGCCCACCCGCAGAAUGCUGAAGGGGCUUCCCUUUUUAGAAGCCUGGAUAUUUUAAUGGGACCUCCGACCUCUAUAAACAAUUCUUUACCACCUCUCUUUCAACUCCUCCUCCAAGAUAUUACAGCUACGGCUCCUGAGUCUCCAUUCGCAUCUUGCCAGCCUGUAGCUCCAGGUUUCGGGUCUGGACUCCAACGCUAACAGCAGCUGCUCCCGGGGCCAGGCUUUUGGGACUGGAGGGAAAGGGACUGUACCUUUAAGGGGCUGGUCCGGCGGGAGCCGGUGUUUGUUGGAAGCAGCUUCCUCUCGGGCCAUUCAAGAUCCCAAAUUCUUCUACUGCUUAAGACCUGGACAGCCUGUGGCCUCAGCGUGUCGUGUCGCAGUGGCCCCAAGCGUUUGAACCGUCGAAGAGCUUGCUGGGGACGUUUUCCCAGGGCCCAGCCUCAUCCAAGACACCCUGAAACUGCCACCACCUCGGCCAGGAUGGGCCUGCUGUUCCUUGUCCUUCUCUCACCACUUUCGUGUGUUUUGGGACUACCAUUUUACAAUGGCUUCUACUAUUCUAACGGUCUGCAUGGCAAGACCCUGGGCAAUGGCUAUGGGGAAGGUCUAUUCAAUGUCGUGAAGUUAGUGGUGGAGACAACCGAGGAGUCCCUGUUCAGUCACCAAGGAGCCAGUGUGACCCUGCCCUGCCACUACCACUAUGAGCCAGCCCUGACAUCCCCGAGACAUGUGCGUGUUAAGUGGUGGAAGUUGUCAGAGAAUGGAGCCCCGGAGCAGGAUGUGCUGGUGGCCAUCGGGCAGAGGCACCGCUCCUUUGGGGACUACCAAGGGCGAGUUCAACUGAGGCAGGACAAGCAGCAGGAAGUCUCGCUGGAGCUUCGAGAUCUGCAACUGGAGGACUCUGGGCGCUACCGCUGUGAGGUCAUUGAUGGCCUGGAAGACGAGAGUGGCCUGGUAGAGCUGGAGCUUCGGGGUGUGGUUUUUCCCUACCAGCCCCGAAAAGGGCGCUACCAGCUCAACUUCCACGAGGCCCAACAGGCCUGUCAGGAGCAGGAUGCUGUGGUGGCCACUUUUGAGCAGCUUUUCCAAGCAUGGGAGGAGGGCCUAGACUGGUGUAAUGCAGGCUGGCUCCAGGAUGCCUCCGUGCAGUACCCUAUAGUGCUGCCCCGGCAGCCCUGCGGAGGCCUGGGUCUGGCACCCGGUGUUCGAAGCUAUGGCCAGCGCCACCACCGCCUGCAUCGUUAUGACGUCUUCUGCUUUGCUGCUGCCCUCAAGGGACGAGUAUACUACCUGGAGCACCCUGAGAAGCUGACGCUACUGGAGGCCAGGAAGGCCUGUCAGGAAGAUGGUGCACAGAUCUCCACGGUGGGCCAGCUCUUUGCUGCUUGGAAGUUCCGUGGUCUGGAUCGUUGUGAUGCUGGCUGGCUGGCAGACGGAAGUGCCCGCUAUCCUAUCAUUCACCCCCGACUCAACUGUGGUCCCCCUGAGCCUGGAGUACGGACCUUUGGCUUCCCAGACCCCCAAACCCGCUACGGAGUCUACUGUUAUCACCAGCACUAGCAGGGUGGCCCGCUGUACAUCUGCCCUGCCCCUGACUUCCUGGGCUGAGUGUUUAUCAGGUGGACCAUUGUCCUUUGUAGGUUGGGGAAUUGCUUGGAUUUGUUUUUAUACUUCCCAACUUAAACAUUUUAAAGGUAUUGUUGUUAUUAUUAUUAUUAUUAUUAUU